UUUCACUUCACACCAGAAGCCGUCGUCUCGUAUUGUUCACCUCACUUGUGCUCUUCCUCUCUAUAGUCAUCUUCUUUUUUGGUUGAGAGAGAAAGAAAAAUGGCCGUCGAGAAGCCCAAGUCAGCUGGGGUUUGGCCUACGGUGAAGCCCUUUGUUAAUGGCGGUGCAUCUGGAAUGCUCGCUACCUGCGUUAUUCAGCCUAUCGAUAUGAUCAAGGUGAGAAUACAGCUAGGCCAGGGAUCAGCUGGUGAGGUGACCCGAAACAUGCUUAAAAACGACGGUAUCGGUGCCUUUUACAAGGGUUUGUCGGCUGGGCUUCUUAGACAAGCAACAUACACAACUGCUCGUCUUGGGUCGUUUAGGAUUUUGACAAACAAAGCAAUAGAGGCUAAUGAUGGGAAGCCGUUACCCCUUUACCAGAAGGCUCUAUGUGGACUGACCGCAGGAGCAAUUGGAGCAUGUUUUGGCAGCCCUGCUGAUUUGGCUCUCAUUCGUAUGCAAGCUGACGCAACACUACCUGUCGUGCAACGAAGGAAUUACACUAACGCAUUCCACGCCCUUUACCGUAUUGUUGCCGAUGAAGGAGUGCUAGCACUGUGGAAAGGUGCCGGUCCAACCGUGGUGAGGGCUAUGGCACUCAACAUGGGUAUGCUUGCUUCGUAUGAUCAAAGUGUGGAGUUCUGCAAGGACAAUCUUGGUCUUGGCGAAGCUGCAACAGUUGUUGGGGCUAGUUCUGUAUCAGGUUUCUUCGCUGCAGCCUGCAGUUUGCCCUUUGACUAUGUCAAAACCCAAAUUCAGAAAAUGCAGCCCGAUGCUCUAGGGAAGUAUCCUUACACGGGCGCUCUCGAUUGUGCCAUGAAGACCUUGAAGGCAGGCGGACCCUUCAAAUUUUACACUGGAUUUCCAGUAUAUUGUGUCAGGAUUGCUCCUCAUGUCAUGAUGACUUGGAUAUUCUUGAACCAAAUCCAGAAAAUCGAGAAGAAGGCUGGGCUGUAACUCAAGCAAUGAAUGCAAUUGAGAAUAAUGUUUGGCCAUUUUGGAAUGCUAUUAUUUUUUAGACAAAUCACAAUUUUGUACUGACCUAGGAUAUGGAUUGCAGCUGCUGGGAAUUUUACAUUUGGAUUUUUGGGAGGCUUUUAUUCACUAAAUAAUCAAUAAUAUAUUCUCACCUGCAGAAAUGCUUUUGAUUUA